GCUAGACAGUAGAAAGUGCAGCAGAGACAGGCUUCAUAAAACAUCCGCCAGAAUGGCCCGCCGCAAGUCGUCCAACACGUUUGCCCGCGUCGGGCUGCCGUUCGUCAUCUUUGUCGUCGGCGGGUUCGCCGGCCUCCAGAACUUUGUCGGCGGCAAGUUUGAGCGCCGCGACAUGAUGGUCAAGAGCCAGAGCGAGCGCGCGUUCAACCUCGACGAGGAGCACCGGAAAAUCAUGCACAAGCUCAAGACCGACGAUUUCGAGAUCAAGCGCAUUCCCAACCCCGGCGAAGACCCGCGCAACGUCUGAGCGAUACGCAAGUCCAAUACAAAGCUCUACUUUUACUCGGGCAUUACGAUGGGCUGGAGCUAGUCGCCUUGAUGCAGGAGACGCUCACGGAUGAGUGGUGCGACAAGGCUCAGGCACCCGAGGAGCACGAGGCACUGAGCCCACGCCUUGACGACGAC